UCAAGCUCACCAGCCCUUUUUGGUGUCUCCUUGCCUCUGUCCUUGCAUAGUUCGGACAGAGAUGGCAAGUUCCUCUGGCUCCUGGCUCUCUGGCUGCCUCGUGGCACUCGUGUUCCUCCGGCUGCCAGUGCCCUUGUCAGGUAGGAGUGGGGACACCGAUGACUACCACCUGGCCCCGCUAGGGGGCACAGCCCAGCUGUUCUGCCCGCUCGCCCUGUGGCCGGUCACCGUGCCCACCGUGGUGACGUGGCUGCGGUCCCCGAGCCCGGACCGCUCCCAGGUCGUGCACGUGUUCCGGGAUGGCAGAGACCGGGAGGAAGGUGUGAUGCCAGAAUACAAGGGGCGGACGGCGCUGCUGAGGGACCCCCGAGAGGGGAGCGUGUCCCUGGAGAUCCGCCACGUCCGGCUGGAGGACCGAGGGCUGUACCAAUGCGAGGUCCAGAUUGGAAACCUGACUCGAAACGGCACCGUGACCCUGCAGGUGGCAGCCCCGUCUCCAGGGAGGAUCUCCUCCUCAGCAGUGGCUCUUGCUGUGAUCCUGCCUGUCCUGGGGAUUAUCAUCAUGGUGGGCAUAUACCUCAUCUGGAAGCAAAGAAGAUCAAAAGAGAAGCUUCUCUAUGAACAGGUGAUGGAGGUAGAAAAUCUUCUCUCAGACCACGCAAAAGAAAAAGGAAGGCUCCAUAAAGCCCUCAAGAAACUCCGGAGUGAACUGAAGUUGAAAAGAGCUGCGGCGAACUCAGGCUGGAGGAGGGCAAGGCUGCACUUUGUGGCAGUGACCCUGGACCCGGACACAGCACAUCCCAAACUCAUCCUGUCUGAGGACCGGCGAUGUGUGAGGCUUGGAGACAGAAGGCAGCCUGUGCCCGAUGGCCCCCAGAGAUUUGACUUUGUCGUCAGCGUCCUGGGCACUGAGUACUUCACGGUGGGCUGUCACUACUGGGAGGUGGACGUGGGAAACAAGACCAAAUGGGCCCUGGGAGUGUGUAGUGAGUCCGUGAGCAGGAAGGGGAAGGUCACUGCCACGCCCGCCAACGGACACUGGCUUGUCCGCCAGAGUAGCGAGCAGGAGUAUGAAGCUCUCACAUCCCCACAGACCACCUUGCGCCUCAAGGAGCCCCCACGGUGCGUGGGGAUUUUCCUGGACUAUGAAGCAGGCAUCGUUUCCUUCUACAAUGUGACCAGCAGAUCCCACAUCUUUACUUUCACCCACACUUUCUCUGGCCCCCUUCGCCCUUUCUUUGAGCCUUGCCUUCAUGAUGGAGGGAAAAAUACAGCACCUCUAAUCAUCUGCUCAGAACUCCAGAAAUCAGAGCCACCAACUGGCCACAAGCCAGAAGAAAAAGGCCAUGCGAAUGGAGACGUGGCCAUGAACGUGGACCCUUCCUUACUCCCUCCUCAGGCACCGGAGCUUUUCCCACCUGGGGAUAUGAUCCUGCCCUGGCCCACUGACCUUGCCCCAGCCCUACAGGGGCUCAAGGUUCCUUCUUUUUAGGGCUGUACCUCAUUACCUGCUCCCCUGAUGGUCCAGCACCCUACCCUGGAUUUCAGCCUGUUGGCCCAACACCUGAUUCCAAAACAUCCCAUCGCC